AUGACGGGCAACAGGCCUGCCCACAACCAUGCCCCCAUCAACGCCAAUUAUUUUCAUUACGAGCGCUGCGACGACAAACAAAACAACUGCGACGCCAUCCUCUUUUCGCCUUGGCCCUUGCGCGCUGAGGCGCGAGGGGGCCAAGCGCCGCAGUGCGCGCUAGCGGCCAGCGGCGGCAUCACGCUCGGCAGCGGCGGAGCGGCAGCGGUCCCCAGCGGCUGCCCGUGCCAGGCGGACUCCCGCAGGGUGCCGCACGAAGGCGGAAUGGAGGGGGCCGCCGGGAGGCCAGGCAGCUGCGGCGUGUCGGCAUGGGGCCGGCUGCUACCAUCGCCAGCGACAGUAGGGGCGUCCCUCCAGGGGAGCGCGGCAUGA